CUGCAUGCGGCCACGCCCACUGCCCAUUCUCUUCCGCCGACAUUUCCACCGGUCACGCCUUGGACUUUGCCGGACUCUUUCGGGUUUAAGGGAGGACACAUAUCAGCAAAGGUCACAUUAUCCGGUUACGACCUGGUUAUGCUGAGCGUUUGAUUGACGUGUGGAAGCCACGCCUUUGCUUUAAAUCCACCUGCGUUUCCAGAAACUCACCCAACUGAAACGCACAAAGGAUUUGAGCACUGUUUGGACACAAGUCAUCACUGGGAUAAACCCUCCGUGUCUCUGGACCGUCCAGCCCAAGAACCACUUGAAAACACCUACUGCGUAUUAUUAAGCAUUGAGUUCAAGCUCUCCAGGUCAGCAUUUCCUAAAGGGCAUUGAUCCAUUCUCCAACAGCGAAGAUGAUGCAGAUCUGCGAUUCUUACAACCAAAAAAACUCUCUCUACAAUGCUAUGAACCGGUUUAUCGGUGCUGUGAAUAACAUGGACCAGACGGUUAUGGUGCCAAGCUUGUUGAGGGAUGUCCCAUUGGACCAGGAGGAGGAGAAGGAGGUGAACUCCUACCAGGAUGGAGACAUGUACGGCUCGUAUGCGCUCCUCAAAUCGAUCAGGAACGAUAUCGAAUGGGGCGUCCUUCAAGCCGACGAGCGGCGCAAGGACAAACUCGGAGUCACGGCGGCCCUGGAGAUGUCCCGCAUCGAACCAGAUGAUGAAAACUUGGAAAAGCUGUUUCACUUCCAUCUUAACGGAUUGCACACGGUACUGGCGAAGCUCACGCGCAAAGCGAACACUUUAACGAACAGGUACAAGCAGGAAAUCGGAAUCGGUGGCUGCGGGAAUUGAAAUGACUCGGAGUUUAAUCGUGAAAAGUGAGAGGGGGCAUCCGGGGUUGAGGCCAAAUGACCCCCCCCCACCCCCCACCCCCCGGUGGCUUCCGCGCAACUACAUUAUCCUGGAUCGGAAAAAAAGACUUGCACUUGAUGCCCUUAAUUCCCUUGCUGAAAUCCCUUGAAAUUGUUUGCGCAACCUGGCUACUCUACCUACUCUUACCCAGUUUAUUUAAAAAAGCGAAACAAGCUAACUUUAAAAAAGAAAAAUAUGCAGUAAACUUUUGAUGGGCGUUAUGAUAGUUUUGAGAACUCUGUUAAUGUAGAUUAUAACAAUUUGAGGCUAUAGGGUAAAAAAAUAACCCUAUAUUACAAUUCUGCGCUAAAGUCACAGAGAUUCUACGAGCCGUUGGUUCUUUAUGACGUCAUGACCGAUGAUGCGGAAUCGAAUGAUGAUUCUAUUUGUUCCAAAUAGAAUGUUGACUGAUUCCAGGAGAUUAUGUCAGAAUAACUGUUGGUAAUUGUCUAAGAUUGUCUAAGAAAAAAGGAGAAUUGUGUUGUGUAUUUUUUGUAACAUAAAGUUGAGUCCGCAAAUAAACAUUUUGUAAAUGCAA